AUGUCGAAGCAACCUAGACCUAGAAUUGUUUAUCAACAUUUCGAGCCAACAACAUCAUGGAAGCGAGAUCCACCCAAUGAAACUCUUCUCAUUCAUUUACCUGGCUUUAAAAGGGAACAGCUGAAACUUACAUAUGUGAGUGCAUCGCGUAUGCUAAUAGUCAGUGGAGAAGGCGAACUUGAUCGAGAUAGUGGAUGGAGCCGUUUUCGCAAGGAGAUUCCUAUCUCAUCAAAUUGUAGGGUCCAUGAAAUGCGAGCACAAUUUGAUGGCGAUGUCCUUUCUGUCAUUCUACCUUGUGAUCCUGUAACUGAGCCAAGGACUAAGCCCUUUUCUGCAAGGCAAAUCAGGGAAUGUUUCAGCAGACAUGUCAAGAAUGGCGAGGAUAAAGUUCUUGGCUGGAAUGAGAUAAAGAAUGCCUUCUCGGAGUUGGGCGCUAGCUACCCUGACUUCAGAGCCGACAGGGCGCUUGUGUUUGCAGAUGGCAAUGGAGAUGGACUGAUUUCUACUGAUUAUGAGAUGGAUGAAUUAGUGAGUUAUGCAUGGUUGGUAUUUUGGCAGCCUGAGGGUAAAAGUAGUGAUCAUGAGGAAAUGGGAAUGGUUUUGAGUGAUGAGGAAUUAAGAGUGGUUUUAAAGAGAUUUGAAGAUAACAACGUAGUUAGCAAGCAAGAUUUGAAGAAAGCCUUCAACCAUUUUGGUCUUUUCUUUCCUGAAUAUGCAGAGCAUGUUCUUGAUCAUUCUGAUAAAGAAGGGUUUCGUGAGUUAAAGCAGCUGGAUGAUCUAGUUAGGUAUGCUGUCCAAUUUGGUUAUACGGUUAAGUAA